CAUGACGUCAUGCCAUAUUAUUGACGACAAUAUGGAUACGCUUUGAUGGAACCACAUUCAAAAGGAAGUCCGGGAUCCUGCUGAAGUGGCCAACCAACAUAAAUAUGAUGAUGAUGUGACCACAAGUAUUCGCUAAACAUGUCUCUCCCGUCACCACAAACGAAAGAGAAGCGCAAUUCUCUUCCCGGAGCCCCAAAAUCGAAAUGGUCAACUGCUAUUACUGGGGUGAGGCGCAUGUCUGAACGUCGCCAGAGCACAUUUAAAAAUGUUCUUGUGGAGAUCGACCCGUUCAUGGAACGUUUCACCAUGGCUGGUCGUAUGCCCGGAGAAGAAAAGACAAGCCCGUGGCAUGUACCAUCAUCUUCACAAAAAAGUUUUGGUCGGAGUUGGUGAUCGACCCCUCCAGCAGCUUCUACUACUACUGGUCCAUGUUCCUGACAGUGGCUGUAUACUACAACAUCAUCGUCAUCAUUCUGCGGGCAGUCUUCACCGAACUGAGGGAGAGCACAUACAUGCCAUAUUGGUUUGCAUUCGACUACUUUUUUGACCUUACCUACAUCCUGGACAGUGCCGUCAAGAGCAGACUAGGUUUCCUGGAACAAGGUAUUCUCGUGACAGACGUGAAGAGAUUGACGCGGUGCUAUGUAAAAUCAUGGAAGCUUCUCGUGGACUUGCUAUCGAUAACACCUCUCGACUUAUUUUACUUUCUGGUUGGAUUUAAUCCGCUUCUCAGGUUGAAUCGUAUUCUUAAAGUUUGGCGCGUAAACGAAUUCUAUUCUGAUUCAGAAACGAAGACUAGUUCACCAAUUGGCUUCCGUCUCUUCUUUCUUAUUGUAAAUAUCAUGGCCGUUAUACACUGGAAUGCGUGUAUAUACUUCGCUAUCAGCAAGUCCCUUGGAUUCAGCACGGAUGGCUGGGUGUAUGAUGACACCACAGAAUAUAAAAAACAAUUGACUAUAAAGUAUUUGUACAGCUUUUACUGGUCAAUGUUAACUCUGACUGCAAUAGGCGACACGCCUCCUCCCGAAAAAAUAGAGUCAGUAUUGUAUUGUAUUUGUGACACUCUUAUAGGUGUCCUCAUCUUUGCUACAAUCUUUGGUAACAUUGGAUCAAUGAUCAACCAGAUGAAUGCUUCUAGAACUGAGUUUCAGCAUGAUGUUGAUGCUGUCAAAAGGUACAUGGAAAUCCGCAAAGUUGGGUCUGACAUUCAGGACCGCGUUGUACAGUGGUUUGCUUACACAUGGAACAAUAAGCAAUCUAUUGAUGAUAGACAGGCUCUGUCCAUCCUGCCAGAAAAGUUGAGGGCAGAGAUUGCAAUUCAUGUCCACCUUCAUACCCUAAAACGAGUUGCAAUCUUUCAAGACUGUGAGCCAGGCCUUCUAGUCGAGCUUGUCCUCAAGCUCAGGUUGCAAGUGUUCAGUCCUGGAGACUACAUCUGUAAAAAAGGUGAUAUAGGCAAAGAGAUGUACAUUAUCAAGAGGGGCAAACUGGAAGUUGUUUCUGAAGAUGGUAAGAAGGUGUUUGUAACUUUGUCUGAUGGAGCUGUGUUUGGGGAGGUGAGUAUUCUUAAUAUCUCAGGCAACAAAACCGGGAAUCGUAGAACAGCCAGUGUUAGAAGUGUUGGCUAUUCAGAUUUGUUCUGUCUGUCAAAGGAUGACUUGUGGGACGCACUGAAAGAGUAUCCUGAAGCCAAAAAGAUAUUGAUGGAAAGAGGUCAGCAAAUUUUGAGAAAGGAUAACCUGCUAGACGAGGAUGCUGCGCGAAGAGAGGAACUGCGGUCAAUGUCUAUGGACAAUCGAAUAUCACUGAUAACUGUAGAGAUUGAUAAGAUAAGCAAGGACAUCGGAACUCUAACAGGACAGUUAUGCGAGCUUCAAAAGACGUUAACCUCUGAAUGUAAAGAGUCAGCUCAUACGGAGGUUGAUUCCUCAGCCACAGAUAAUGUGGUGAAAAUUGACCCAGUGAAGACCGAAAUCAGUCAAAAGGAAGAAGCAGUUAUUUCAAAACAGUCGACCACCAAGACCACACGCGAUGCCAGUGCUGUGUCAGUAAAAACAUCACAGGCUACUGUGGAGCAAACACAGGACAAAGUGAAUAUACCCGGAACGCCUGAUAAACCCCACAACGAAGCCGAUUAGAUCUUAUGCCAGUUGUGACAAUGGGUAUGAGACGUGUGACGGUAAUCAACCGGUACAUGUGCUUGGAAAGGAAUUCAAAUGAUAUGUGCAAAAUGCUACAUGUGAUCACGAUAGUAAACUUUCAAGACUUGAUAUCCUACAAUUGUGAAGUCUGUUGCAGACUGAAAUUUAUUUUAAACAGUGCACUUCACGUUUCGAAUAAGCACAACAGAAUCCAAAUAACCAGGGCCUAGAUUUUCGAAGCUCUCUUAGCACUAAGAUAGUCGUAAGUUAAUGUUAAUGUAUGGCACUUACGACUAUCUUAGCGCUAAGAGAGCUUCGAAAAUCUAGGCCCUGGACUUGUUUUGGUCCAGAGGGUGUUUAGACAGCAAACCGUUGUUUAGUUAGUUGUAGUAAUAGCUUCAGGUCGCCGAGGUUUGGGAUAACAGAGGCUGGCCAAGUCAUGUUUUACUAUCUAUAUACUCGUAUUUUGCUCGCGUCUGUGUAUGUGUAAGAAUAGGCAUAGGUAGUUUAAAAAUCGUUACUGUUUCCACAAAACAGUCAGGUUGCAGACAUUUAUCCUUGUUUGAUAUAUUUGAUGCAUUGCAUUGAUGAUAAAACUGAAACUGUCACGCAUAAUCAGUUGUGUGGUCCGACUCUGUGCCACCGAUUUCUCACGAAUGCAACCAGGCUGAGUGUACAGCGUUUCUCUGUGUGUUGAGACGCUCUCUGGCACAGUCGAAGCAUGCCCAUAUAUGGGGAUGCUCCGCUUGCAGGAUCUCUGAAGGUGUAUCCCUGAUGCGUAGACUCUCUUUAUAUUUAGAUAUAUUUAUGUCUGUAACGACGCCGUUUGAAUGUGAGUACAACGGACAUAUUAGAGUAUU